GAGGGACAAAUACAAGUGAGUUUGUUCCUCUUAAGAGAUUCUCUCCCCCAGAUCUCCGUGUUUUUGGGAUCUCUGAAUUGUAAUUUGGACGGUUUCUCUCUCAAAUCACACCCAUACAAACCACUAAAAACUCUCCUUGCCUUCCGUGUCUCAAUUCUCUUCCCCUUUCUUCUUCUUCUUUCUUGUUUUCAAUUCUGUAAAACAAAACUGAAACUCAGAAAAUGGCUAUAGGGAGGGGUCGCUCCACUAAACGCUCAUCUUCGUCAUCUUCUUACAUUCCCACGGUGUCUACGAUCAUCUUCAUUGUCCUCUGUGUCUUUGGCCUGUGGAUGCUAAGUUCCACCAUCGUUCCACAACAGACCACCCGCACUUCCAAUUCCGGUUUCAUCAAAUCCGAACGUCAACGCCGGGAUCCACCGGCAUUCGAUGACACUCCCGGCGACCUCCCAGACGAUGCCGUCAAGGACGACGCAGACAAAUCCAAAGCUGCUACCAGCACCACCCAUUACGAUGAGAAGCUUCAGGAAGAGAAGCAAUCGGUGUUGUUGUUGCCAGGGCGUCGCUCAGAUCCAACAAUUACAAACACAAAGGCUGCAACUACCGAAACGGAAGGCAAUGUAGAUGGGGAGAUUCAACAGCAGGAGAAAUCAAGCUUGGAAGACGGUAAGAAGAAUUAUGAGGCGACCAGUGACGCCAAUGAAGAAAAGGAUCAAUCUUUCUCUUCCUCCACUGAAGAGAACCCGCAAGCCCAAGAGCGAAGAGACUCUGUCGAAGAUGGACAACAGAAGAAACAGGAGAUUCAAGAGGAAAACAAUGAGAAUCAACAGCAAAACCAAGAGGCUCAAAAAGUUAUCACCGAGAACCAACAAGGCGAGGCCGCACAGACAGGUGUAGAAACUGAAGAAACACAAGCAACAAGAGAAGAAGAGAGCAAUGGAAGCCAAGAUCAGCAGCAGACAACAGAGAUGGAAAGAGAAGAGAAGAUUCAUCAGCAGAACCAACAAGAUACAGAGGGAGAUCACAACCAAGAGAGCCAACAACAGCAGAAUUCCGAGGAUACGAACAAUGAAGGAGAUAGCAUCCAUGGUGAUCACCAGAACUUAGAAUCAGGUAUUAAAGAGGUCACGACCGACGAGACCCAACAACAAGACGAGCGAGGUACCCCAGAAUCCCAGACAACAGAGGGUGAACAUCCUCAGCAAAACGGGCAGGGAGAGAGCACGUCGGAAUCAACUGAGAAUCAAGAAACUCAGCAGCAGCAGCAGAGUGAAAGCGAAAGCGAAAACACAGAAUCCGAGAAUCAAGAAUCACAGCAGAGAGAGACGGAAAGCACCCCAGCUGAGAAUCAAGAGCCUCAGCAUCAGCAGCAGAGCGAGAGCGAAAACCAAGAACCUCAGCAGGAGCGACAAAGCGAAAGCACAGCAACAGAGAUUGAGAAUCAAGAAAUUCAACAGCAGAGUGAGCUGGAAAGCACACCAUUACUUAAGAAUCAAGAAGCAGGUCUGAAGGAGAAUCAAGAAGAAUCUCAACAGAAUGAUCAAAGAGAGAGUGAGAGGGAGGAGGAGACCGGUACGAAGCAAGAGAAUAACGAUUCAGAAACCACGGACAAAGAGAAGGAAGAUUCGAAGAUGGGAAUUCCGAAAGAGUCGAAGGAGUCGAAACGGGAGUGGGCAACUCAGGCAACUCAGUCGGAGAACGAGAAGGAGAGGCGCAAGGAAUCCGAUUCCAACUCUGAGGGGAUAGUUAGAAACGGAAGCAUCUAUGGAUACACGUGGCAACUAUGCAACGUCAACACGGGUCCAGACUACAUUCCCUGCUUGGACAAUGAGGAUGCCCUUAAGCAUCUCCACACCACUGGACACUUCGAGCAUCGGGAGAGGCAUUGCCCUGAGGAGGGCCCCACUUGUCUGGUCCCAAUUCCUCAGGGCUAUAAAUCUCCCAUCGAGUGGCCUUCCAGCAGAGACAAGAUUUGGUAUCACAACGUGCCGCACACAAAGCUGGCGGAGGUGAAGGGUCACCAGAACUGGGUGAAGGUGACUGGGGAGUUUCUCACCUUCCCUGGAGGUGGAACUCAAUUCAUACACGGUGCUCUCCAUUAUAUCGAUUUCAUCCAGCAGUCUGUACCUAGGAUCGCAUGGGGGAAGCACACUCGGGUGAUAUUGGAUGUAGGCUGUGGUGUUGCCAGUUUUGGUGGUUACCUCUUUGACAGAGAUGUUCUCACAAUGUCAUUUGCACCAAAAGAUGAACAUGAGGCCCAAGUGCAAUUCGCCCUUGAACGUGGAAUUCCUGCAAUCUCAGCUGUGAUGGGUUCCCAGCGUUUGCCAUUCCCAAGCAGGGUCUUUGAUCUUAUUCACUGUGCACGUUGCAGGGUUCCAUGGCAUAUAGAAGGUGGUCGUCUUCUUCUGGAGCUGAACCGUGUUCUGCGACCUGGAGGUUUCUUUGUCUGGUCAGCUACCCCUGUGUACCAAAAGCUAAAAGAAGAUGUGAAGAUAUGGGAAGAAAUGACUUCACUUACGAUAUCCAUGUGUUGGGAUCUAUACGCAAUCAGGAAAGACAAAUUGAAUUCUGUAGCUGCUGCUAUCUAUCGUAAACCAAUAUCUAAUGACUGCUACGAUCGCAGAAAGCAUAAGAAUCCUCCCAUGUGUAAACACGAUGAUGAUCCAAAUGCGGCCUGGUAUGUACCUCUGCAGUCCUGCAUGCACAGGGCACCAAUUGGUAAGUCUGAGAGGGGCUCUAGAUGGCCAGAGGAUUGGCCUACUAGAUUGCAGCAAGCUCCAUACUGGUUAAACAACUCUCAGAUGGGAAUCUAUGGGAACCCAGCUCCAAAUGAUUUUGAAGAAGACUACAAACACUGGAAACAAGAAGUAAAUAAAUUGUAUCUCAAUGGACUGGGUAUCAAUUGGUCGAAGGUGAGAAAUAUAAUGGACAUGAGAGCUGUUUAUGGCGGAUUUGCAGGAGCACUGAAGGACCUCAAAGUGUGGGUAAUGAAUGUGGUGAAUGUGGAUUCCCCAGAUACACUUCCGAUCAUCUAUGAACGUGGCCUUUUCGGCAUAUAUCAUGACUGGUGUGAAUCUUUCAGCACCUAUCCCAGAACAUUUGAUCUUCUGCAUGCAGACCACUUGUUUUCUAAACUAAUGAAGAGGUGCAAAGUCGUACCUGUAAUGGCAGAGAUUGAUAGGAUUAUCAGACCAGGUGGUAAUCUGAUUGUCCGUGAUGACUCCAGCACGGUGGAUGAAAUUGAGAACAUAUUGAAGUCUCUGCAUUGGGAGGUUCAUUAUUCUUUUUCCAAAGACAAAGAAGCGAUACUGAGCGCUGAGAAAUCCGACUGGCGGCCAGAGUCAUAGUCACCUUCUUCUUGAUCAAAGCAACAAAGCUUGUAAUUUCUUCGAAUUUGUAGAGCUAUCGACAGUUAAUGCCUAGCAAAAUCUGAUGCAACUCCCUUUUUUUUUAGGAUUAGUUCACAAGAUCAUCUGUAAACCAAUCUGCUGAAUGGUAUCUGUUUCUAGCCUGGGGAUUUCUUGUAAAACUUUUUAAAAAUGUAAAAGCAAUGAGAAAAGCAAUUGGGAAAAGCUUUCUUUCACCCA